AAUGCUACAAUGUCGUCUUUGCCAGGAACAGUACCACGAAUGAUGCGCCCGGCUCCCGGACAGAACUAUCCCCGCACUGGAUUCCCUCUGGAAGUAUCUACUCCUCUGGGCCAGGGACGAGUCAACCAGCUUGGGGGGGUUUUCAUUAACGGCCGACCGUUGCCCAACCAUAUCCGACACAAGAUAGUCGAGAUGGCCCACCACGGGAUCCGGCCCUGCGUCAUUUCGCGACAACUUCGUGUCUCCCACGGCUGCGUGUCCAAGAUCCUCUGCCGCUACCAAGAGACCGGGUCCAUCCGACCCGGCGCCAUAGGUGGCAGCAAACCCCGGCAGGUAGCCACGCCGGAUGUAGAGAGAAGGAUUGAAGAGUACAAGCGGGACAACCCUGGCAUGUUCAGCUGGGAGAUCCGGGAUAAGCUACUGAAGGACGGGGUGUGUGACAGAAGCACAGUCCCUUCAGGUGAGGCCUCCUCUGUGAGUUCGAUCAGCCGUGUACUUCGCGCUCGUUUUGGGAAAAAGGAGGAUGAGGAUGAGUGCGAUAAAAAGGAAGAGGACGGAGAAAAGAAAACAAAACACAGCAUCGACGGCAUCCUCGGGGACAAAGGCAGCCGGAUGGAUGAAUCGUCAGAUGUGGAAUCAGAGCCUGACCUUCCACUGAAGAGGAAACAGCGUAGGAGUCGGACUACUUUCACAGCGGAGCAGCUGGAGGAGCUGGAGAAGGCUUUUGAAAGAACACAUUAUCCUGAUAUUUACACUAGAGAGGAGCUGGCCCAGAGAACAAAACUUACUGAGGCCAGGGUCCAGGUGUGGUUUAGCAAUCGAAGGGCCAGGUGGCGAAAACAAGCAGGAGCCAAUCAACUUGCAGCAUUCAAUCACCUUCUUCCAGGGGGAUUUCCUCCUGCAGGGAUGCCAACACUUCCUACAUAUCAGCUGCCAGAAUCCAACUACCCAACCAACACUCAAGAUGGUGGGGCUACUGUUCACCGUCCCCAACCCUUACCUCCUUCCACCAUGCACCAGAGUGGUUUAUCAAGUCCUGACGGCAGCACUGCCUAUGGUCUGGCAACCAACCGGCACGGCUUCUCCAGCUACACUGACACCUUCAUGAACUCUGGUACUCCUAGUAACCAUGUCAACCCUGUCAGCAAUGGGCUAUCUCCACAGGUUAUGAGCAUCCUGAGUAACUCCAGUGGUGUGUCCUCUCAAACACAGCACGACUUCCCAAUCUCACCUCUCCACAGCACUCUGGACUCUACAUCAUCCAACAGUAUUUCAGCCAGCUGCAGCCAGCGUUCAGCUGAGGCCUCCAUUAAGACGGUGGACAGCCUUCCCUCUUCCCAGUCUUACUGUCCCCCCACAUACAGCACCACUAGCUACAGCAUGGACCCAUCUGUGGCUGCUGCCGGCUAUCAGUACAGUCAGUAUGGCCAAACUGCUGUGGAUUACCUAGCUAAGAACGUCAAUCUCUCCAAUCAGCGCAGAAUGAAGCUGGCCGACCACUCAGCCGUACUGGGACUGCUGCAAGUUGAGACAGGCCAAGCAUACUAGUACUUUCCCAACAUAUUUAAACAGCAGUACACUGGGUCACCAGCACAACCCACACCACCUGCUACAACACGCAUACUCCAGAGAGCAUUUGUGAGUGUGUGCCACAAACUGAGUACAAAUGUGACUGCUAUUUAGUUUUUUUACACAUUAUUUUAUAUUGGUGGGUAAAAGAUUGAAUGAUGCAGUUUGGCAAGCUUUAAGUAUUCUUUAUGGAAACAACCAAAAGAACAACGAGGAAGUGUUAGGAACAUACUUUGUGCACCAAAUUUCAGGUGUGUCAAACUUUUUAGAUAACUAGCAAUGUGUUAUAAGGAAUUAAAUGUGAAUUAAAAUCCAGAUAAUCGGAGUGUAAUCUUUGGACUAAAAUAACUUUCGUAUAACCAUAAUCACAGUGAGGAAAUAAUACCAUGUUAUUCUAAUGUUACUUCAGGUUCUUUGCAAAAAUGUUCCAAAUGAAACAACUAACAAAAACAGAAUCACUCUCCUCCUACUGCAGUAGUUCAACAAAUAAAAAAGGAUGAAUUACAGUAAAAAUGUGAAUGCAGAGCACAUUUUUAGGAUGAAUUUUUGAAAAUGAAAUGAAUUUAUAGCAAUGUUUCAAUGAAUUGAUAAAACAUACUGAUCUCUUGUCUGUUCAGCUUUAGGAAACAACUCUUUGAGUUACACACAACAGCUGAGUACCCUGCAAGUCCCUUAAAUCUUUGAUUAAUAUGAUUCUGGUUGUGUUGUCAGAAAACUUAUAGACCAUGAAAGCUACCUCGAGACUAUGCAUGCUGUAUAUCUGACCUCAAACAGAAUUUAAGCCACUGGAUUCAGCAAAUAUGUUGAUUUUCUCCUGUCUUAAAGAAAACACUCAUCAAGAGAGAUUGAUCUUUGUUGACCCUUUUUAUUUAUUUUUAAUUUCUUCCAUGUGAAGCCUGGACAACUUCACCAAUAUGGAAUAUCAGCAUAAAAUACUGGGUGCUGAACAAUAGAACAAGAUGUCAUAAUUUGUGCAUGUGUUAAGUUUGUGAGGGAGAAUAAGAUUUCUAUAGCAGAUUUAUAUCAGAUAAUAAUUCCUCAUGGGAUGACUUAUUCUGAGCUCUGUUCGGAUUCCAAGGACACCAAGGUCAAAACUGAGAGUCUAACAUGUAUUCUGAUUAAAUGCCAUCAUUCACAUCUGCACCAAUCACUACAGUUUCUAUAUUUAUUUAUUUCUCUUCAUUAUGGUUCCUUUAGUAUCUACUCUCUGUCCAUAUUUACCCUAUAAACAAAAAAUGAUAUUUGUAGAACCAUAUCUGCAACUAUAUUUCUACUAAUUAACAUCUUUUAACAAAUGCUUGUCUUCAAUACAUUUUUUGUAAAGUAGAACAGUGGACUGUAGAUGAUAUCAAACAGACUGCUGAUUUUAAAUACUACAAAAUGUUGCUCUAAGCAAUGUUGCUCUAAGCAAUUUAGCACUCAGAAUUUAAAAAUUUGUAUUCGAACACUAAGGAUUUUGUCAAUAAAAAUAUAUUUCUGUAAUGUCACCUUCCCAUUCCCAUCCCUAAAAAAGAAAAAAAAAAUGCUACAUAACCCCAAGUAAGUUAGAUCUGAUAAACUCAAAGAUCUAAGUAGUUUAAAUAUUUUGAUUAAGAUGAUGCAUACUUUAUUUAUCAAGAGUUAGGAAAUUCCUAACUUCAUAUACAUUUUAAAAAUAGUUUUUAACUCACAACUUAUUUUUAAUUCAGUUCCAAAACGGGAUUAUAUUAAUUUAACUUAAAAAUAAUAGCUUUUUUGGUUACCUGAACUCAACAUUAAACAGACACAGUUUAAAGUUUGCUUUCAAGGACAAAAUUUUCCAGGGAGAGAUCCAUGAAAAUGAAAAACAUCAUCAAAUUUAAAUGGGACUGCACUGAUCUUUAAGGUUAUCUAUUCUAUCAUGUCAUGACAGCUUCCAGUAUGGCUGCAAUAUGUAGAUCUCUAAUUCGGUUCCAUGACCACAUGAAAAUUUGCUCUCAACAGUUUCAGUACUGGUCUGAAUCUUCUGUGUACAAGUGACCCAAAUUUUAUGUGGAGGAUUGUCACUGGUAAUAGGAGGCAGGUCACCAGCCAUGACAGAGCAGGCCAAAGUUUCUAGCCAGAAGGCAGUGCAUCAUAUCAAGAUUCGACCUACAUUGUCAUAUACUUGUCAGAAACAAAAAUCAAUUUGGAGCAUUUCCUGUGGAGUACAGUGGAGGACAUCAAGUGCAGGAAAGACACCAGUUUAUUAAGCUGUGUGUUAGCUUUUCACUGGAUGUAAUUCUUUCAUGAAAGAAUCAUACUAUUUAUGCAUGAAAUAAUUCAUGAUUCUUUCAUGCACAAAUUGUAUGCCAACAUUUAAAAAUCUUUCUGAAUUAGUAUCUAAAUCUUUUCUGUUUUUUGUUUUUUGUUUUUUGUUUUUUUGCUUUUUGUUUUUGUUUUGUUUUGGGUUUUUUUUUUGUGGUGCUUUUGAUGCCAUUCCAGAGAGGUUUGGUCUUUCUGAAAAGGAACUGGGAAGUUUGAUGAUUUCAUUUACAUUCCAAAUGAUUUGUUAUGACUCAGACAGACUUUUAUAAUGUUAUUAAGCUCCAUUGCCACAACAACCAUGAAAACUCCUUUGGAUGAUAACCUUCUCACUUGUGUCUAUAUAAUAUUUUUUUUAUUUCAUUUUGUUUUUUCCACUAAAAGGAAACCAAGGACAACAUUAAGGAUCAAUUGUAAAGAUUAUGUUCAGCCUCACCAUCGCCAACACCUUUUGGCCACUCUUCUACUUGUUUUAUUUAGAUCACAGUUUGGCAUGUAUGUCAUCAUGAUAUUAUUUAUUCUACAUGUAUGAAGUAUUAGACUAGUGAAAAAUUUGGCAUUCACUGUCAUUUACUCCUUUCAACCUCUUCGUGUAUGUAACAAUGACGUAAUUGUAUGUUCAUUAAAACAACUCGACCAAGA